CCAGAGCCGGUAGGAUUCUGGCUGCCGCGGUGCAACGCGCGGCACGAGUGCCCGUGGGUCCCCGGCUUCCUUGUCCACUCCGGCCCCUAGCCCGGGCCCCUGCCCAGCUUCGGCCCCAGCACCGCGCCCGGCUCCGCCGCGGCCCACCGAGCCGCCAGCGACGCCCGCAGAGCUCCCGGUGCCGGGGCGGGGGGCCAUGCCGUGCCGGAGGGAAGAGGAAGAGGAAGCCGGCGAGGAAGCGGAGGGGGAGGAAGAGGAGGAGCAGGGCAGCUUCCUCCUGCUGGAGCAGUCGGUGACCCUGGGCGGCUCGGGCGAGGUGGACCGCCUGGUGGCCCAGAUCGGCGAGACGCUGCAGCUGGACGCGGGGCAGGACAGCCCGGCUUCCCCGUGCGCGCCCCCCGGGCCGCCGCUGCAGCCCCCGCGGCCCCCGGCGGCGGUGCUGGCGGACAAGGCCCGGCCCCCCGACCGGCCGCUGCUGCUGCCGCCCGCGCCGGCCGCGGCAGUGAACCCGGCGCCGCCGGGGGCCCUUCGCUGCGCCCUUGGGGACCGCGGCCGCGUGCGAGGCCGGGCUGCGCCCUACUUUGUGGCCGAGCUCGCCCUAGGCCCCAGUGCCCUGUCCCCGCAGCCCAGUCUAGAUGGGCCUUCGAGAGCCGACAAGCGGGGCGCCCCCAAACCUCUGUCGGGACCGUGCCGGCGAGGAUGGCUGCGGGGUGCCGCCGCCUCCCGCCGCCUGCAGCAGCGGCGCGGGCCCCAGCCGGAAGUCCGCACCGGCGAAGACGACCCGCACCGGCUCCUGCAGCAGCUGGUGCUCUCCGGGAACCUCAUCAAGGAGGCCGUGCGGAGGCUUCAUUCGCGACGGUUGCAGCUGCACGCAAAGCGUCCGCAACGCCCGCUCCUGAGGCCGCCGACGGCUGCAGGGCACAAGCCCCCUUCGCCCCGCAGCCCGCACGCGGCCUGCAGCAACCCUGGCGCGACGGGAAGGAGGGCGCAGCUCGGAUCUGGCGACGGCGUCCCGGUGCCUGGCAGCUAAUACCCGGGGAGUGGUCACUGGGCCAGCCUUUGCCCGGAGGACAAGGGGUUCCCCCUGAGGACUGUAUCUCUAAUCAGACUGGUGAACUCGCGCCUUUGGAAGCGGCAAAAUAAGCUAAUCAAGACGAGGCAUCGAAAAGUCGCGAAUGUUUUCGUGGGGAACUGAGGUCAAGGCCCUGUUAAAAAACAGGACUCGGUUGGCCCUAUUUCAGGCAGGAUACAGAACCCACCCAAGCUCACAGUCCGUUGGACUUUUUAUUUUGGGGGUGACCAUUCUUGGAGGCACCGCCUGCAGAUCCGUGCAGACCUCCCCUGACCCGCCAUCCCAGCGACUAUGGCCACAGUGCAUGCAUCUCAGGAUCGCCUCUCGCCCUAAGGAUGCGGAUGAUCCCAGUGACUUGUUUUACCUUUUCAGGGUUGGUUCCUGAUUCACUCUGGGCGAGGGGAACAAGAAUAGACGAUCAUUUCAGGGAGUACCUCAAGCUGCCAGACUUGAAAAUUUAUCACAUUUAAAAAAACAAAACAUUUUCUGUGUGUUGGGGUGCUGAUUCUUAAAACACACGGUACCAUGAAAGGGCCUUUUCUCUGCCCCCGCUUUGCAGCUGGCUGCAUUCCCCGAGUGGAAGGGAAGCCGCGAUGUGCCCAGGGUGGGGCUAGGAGGUGGAGGCAGGUGGUGAGGUGCUGGAGUCUCCUGAGGACAAGCGCACCGCCGCCCCCGGGGGUGUAGGGAGGCCGGACGCCGCAAGCCUGGCUUUUAUGGAAACUUUCCAGAGACGUGGCCUCGGUCCCUCCUCUCCCCCUCAGUUCUGCUGUCCUAUUCGAGGGGGCCGUACUGGUGCUCCCCGGGCCCGGGCUGGGGGCUGGGAGACGCCACGUGACGGGCACUCCAGGGACACUCAGCCUCACACAGCAGCUUAUAAUGGGCCCUCUGGGGCCAUUUGUAAUAACAGCUGCAAUUCCCUGGGUAGAUGGAGUUGAUUUCCUCCCUCUGCCCCUCCCCCAGCCAUGCCAGAUCGCUUUUGUAAGUGAAGGAAACCAGUAGAAAAUGUGACCCUCCAAAUGGAGAAGCUGCAGGCUUUGCCAGUGUGAACCCUGAUGAAAUGUUUGUAACAUACUGUUCACUCACUCUGAGGGAUUUAAGACUGUUUAGCUGGUGUUUUAGUUUUGUAAGAUUCAAUGGCUUGUGCAUCAUCCAGAUGUGGCUGUUGACAUAUCUACACUUCGCACCGGAGUGUCCUGAGUUGUUGCUAUCCUGAUUAUAGGAUUUUAACUUAACUGAAAUAUCUAUUUGUAAUAAAUGUGUUGCAUUUCU